GGCAACUCUAUUUAUAAGUUAGUCCCACUCACUAUCUCAACUUAAAAGUUAAGACACAACAAAUAACAAAGCUAAGCCAUGGGAAAUCUAUAUGUUUCUAUUUGUUACCUGUAUCUGUUAGUUAUCAUCUCUGUUACAGAUGGUGCUCUUCAGCUGAUAGUCGUUAACAACUGUAACGAAGGGGUGUGGCCUGGAAUCCUAGGAAACCCGGGUCAACAAAACCCUAAAGAUGGCGGCUUCUUACUCAACAGUGGUGAAGAAGUUGUUUUAGACCUGCCUGAGAAAUGGGCAGGUAGACUAUGGGGUAGACAAGGUUGUAACUUUGAUGCACAAGGAAAAGGCGAAUGUGAGACUGGUGAUUGUGGCAGUCAACUUUCAUGCAGAGGAACAAGUGGUGUACCACCAGCAACGGUGGUGGAGAUGACAUUCGGCACCUCUGCUUCACCUCUGCAUUACUAUGAUGUCAGCCUUGUUGAUGGUUUCAACUUACCGGUUUCUAUGAAGCCGGUAGGAGGAGGGGUUGGAUGUGGUGUGGCUAAAUGUGAUGCAGAUCUGAAUGUAUGUUGUCCAUCAGCAUUGGAAGUAAAGAAGGGGAAUAAAGUGGUUGGUUGUAAGAGUGCUUGUUUAGCUAUGCAAUCUGCUAAGUACUGUUGUACAGGCGAGUUCUCAGACCCUAAAACAUGCAAACCAACUGUGUUUGCAAAUCUGUUUAAGGCUAUUUGUCCAAAGGCAUACACCUAUGCUUUUGAUGAUUCUUCUAGUCUUAACAGAUGCAGAGCUCCUAGAUAUGUUGUUACAUUUUGUCCCCCAACAUAACGUACUUCAUUAUAUUCAUACAAAAUACCAAGUAUUAAAUUAAGAUACUACUACAAGUGCUCUUCUGCAAGAGGAGGGGCUUAGUCGCAUAGAUUGUCUUUUCGAGUUUGUAAUUUCAACUUACUUAAAAGUGAGAGCGUCUUUAAAGAAAAUACUUACUCUGAGUAUUUGCACAA